AACGUAAUUCAUCAUCAUUAAAAAAAAAACAAUUACAAACUCUUAAUUACAAGAGCUCACAAAAAAAUCAUUGUUUCUUACAAAUUGUGCUAUUUUUCAAAAAAAUGGCACGCAAUUCCAAUGUUUUAGCUGCGGCAUUGUUAGUAAUGUUGUUUGUGGACAUUGCAAUUGGAGCUAGGCUCGGGAAAAGCAUUAAGGCCGGCGGCGGAGGCGGUGGCGGCGGUGAGGGAGGUGGUGGUGGUGGGGGAGGAGGCUCGGACGGUGGUUCGGGGUCGGGGUAUGGUUCGGGAUAUGGCUCGGGGAGUGGCUCGGGAUACGGAGGCUAUGACGACGACGGGGAGUAUUAUGGGAAUGCCGGCGGCGGAGGCGGCGGUAGUGGCGGCGGCGGAGGAGGGGGUAGUGGCGGCGGAGGUGCUAGUGGUUCCGGGUCAGGAUAUGGGUCCGGGUAUGGGUCGGGAUACGGGUCCGGGUAUGGGUCGGGUGGAGGGGGAGGGAAAGGAGGCGGUGGCGGCGGGGGAGGUGGUCAGGGCGGCGGUGGCGGGGGCGGUGGUGGCUCGGCUGGUGGCUCGGGGAGCGGGUCCGGGUACGGGAGCGGGAGCGGGAGUGGGUAUGGGAGUGGAGGUGGGAAGAGCGGUGGCGGAGGCGGUGGUGGAGGAGGAGGUGGUGGUGGAGGUGGCGGAGGCGGGGGUGCCUCCGGGAGUGGAUCCGGGUAUGGAAGUGGGUCCGGGUCCGGUUCGGGAUCCGGAUCGGGACACGGACGUGGCCGUGGAGGUUAAAUAAAAAAAUCUAUCUAUGUUACUUUAGGCAGCUCGGAUGCAUCUCUGUCAUUCUCUUUUUCUUCGAAAGGCUUCGUUCAAUCAUGAGAUAAUGGGGAAAGAAGUUUUUUUCUUUGCACAUAAUUGGGGGUAUCUGGAUUUUAGUAUCUCUAGCAAUAAAGUUGCAUGGUUUUAUCAUAUUCCUAUGUUAGUGAGGACCUAUGCACAUGUAUUAUCUUAUCUUUCUCUAUUGUAAUUUAUGUUAUUGAUGUUAUGAUAUUAUUGUACUUGUUUCGAAUAGCAAUGAUAUUUCCCUA